AUGGAGGAGGUCAACAAGGCUCUGGCUGACCUGACAGCGGCAAUCAGCGCCAUGUCCGCCCAGAUUAGCAAGAUCUACCCCGCACCGCGCCCAGUGUCCGAUCAGACGCCUGAUCCGGUGCUGCCGAAGGAGACGGCACCCUUGAUCUGCCUCUCCGACCUGCCGCCUCUGCUUCCGGCCAUGGCCAGCUCGCCCCUCCCUCGACCAGGCGAGCAGCCACACGCUCGCGGUGACGGCAGUCACGGGCCCGGUGGCCACGGUGCUGCACAUGAAAUUUGGGGGAAAUCGGUGGGUGAAAUUCACACCCCACGAUUGCCUCCGGCCACUGGUACGUCCAAUUUCCUUCCGUACGGUGAGCAAUCGUUCUCUAGGGACCGGGGGUAUCACUGUUUUCCACCACCGCCGCGGUUCGAUUUCCCUAUUUUCGACGGGACGAACCCGAAGGCUUGGCGUCUUAAAUGUGAAGCUUACUUCCGCGUCUGCACUAUUAGCCCUGACACUUGGGUUAGCUUCGCUGCCAUAUAUUUCACAGAUGGAGCACUCACCUGGCUCCAAUCCUCCCAAGCUCACUUGCAUUAUCAGGAUUGGGGGUUUUUUGCUACUGCAAUCUGCGCCCAAUUUGGGCGUGAGGAGUUCCAGAACCUGUUAAGGCAGUUUAAUAGGUUGAGACAAACGGGCACAGUGGCAGAAUAUGCAGCGUGCAUCAUCUCUUAG